AUGAAAAAAGCCCGCAAUGUGACUUCCGACGAUAUUACUGGUGCUGGAGCAGGAAAGACUGCCUCCAACACCUCUCCUGAUACCUUUGGAGGCCGACAGGUCUCAGGAAAAGAAUUCGGAUGCUCGUUAGCACAACUCCGCAGCCUCAUGGAGGCACGUGGGGCAGAAGCCAUCGUUAGGCUUGCUAAUGAACAUAAUGGUGUAGAGGGUUUGUGCGAUAAGCUUCAAGUUGAUCCUGUGCAAGGUUUAUCAAGCUCUUCCAAUAGCUUAGAACGCCGUCGUGCUGCUUUUGGGGCGAACACUAUUCCGCCAGCGAAAAGUAAGAGCUUCGCGAGACUUGUGUUUGACGCUUGCCGGGACCCUACCUUGAUCAUCUUGGUUGUGGCUGGAUUUAUUAAUCUAGCUUUGUCUUUCUAUGAUCCCGAACAUCUGGAAGAUAGUCCACCUAUCAGUAAUGCAACCGAUCUGAUUGUCAAUGCUACUCUCGCCUUUAUCGCUUCUACUACCGAGGCACCAAGUGACGGUCAUGGAACUGCCUGGAUUGAAGGUGUGGCUAUCCUUAUUUGUGUGGUUAUCGUCGUGCUUGUAACUGCUGUUAAUGAUUACUCGAAAGAAAGACAAUUUCGUAGUCUUCAGGAAAAAAUUGAAACUGGCCAGAAGUUUUCGGUCAUUCGUGAUAACGAAGCAAAGGAUGUACCAGUAUCUGAUUUGGUCGUUGGAGAUAUAAUUCGUGUCAAGUAUGGAGAUCUUCUUCCUGCUGAUGGUUUCCUUCUCCAAUCCAAUGAUCUUAAGAUUGAUGAGUCUUCGCUCACUGGUGAGUCCGAUCACAUCAAAAAAAGUGUCGAAAGCGAUCCAGUACUCCUUUCUGGUACUUAUGCUAUGGAGGGAUCUGGAAAAAUGCUCGUCACCGCUGUUGGUGUUAACUCACAAACUGGUAUCAUCAUGAUGCUUUUGGGUGCUGGAAAAGCUGGUGCUGGAAUUGAUGACGAUUCCACCUCAACGUCUUCUUCUUCAUCGUCUUCCAGCUCCUCAUCAUCCUCGAGCUCAUCCUCUGAUGGUUCUUCUUCAUCUGGAAGUAGCAAGAGUAGCGACGAUGAUGACGGUUUAUCAGCCAAAUCUGUGCUGCAAUCCAAACUUGCUAAGCUCGCUCUCCAAAUUAUUUAUUGCGGAACAACAGUUGCUACUGUUGCUCUUAUAGUAUUAGUGACUCGUUUCUGUAUUGAACAUUACGUUGUAAAUGAAAAACACUUCUCAUUCGCUGAUAUUCAAAUGUUUGUUAAAUUCUUCAUUAUUGCUGUCACCAUAUUAGUUAUCUCGAUUCCUGAAGGAUUACCUUUAGCUAUCGCACUAGCACUCACAUAUUCCGUCAGAAAAAUGAUGUUUGAUAAUAACCUUGUAAGACAUCUGGAUGCCUGUGAGACAAUGGGUAACGCAACUUCUAUUUGCUCUGAUAAAACUGGUACUCUAACCACGAACAGAAUGACAGUUGUGGACUCUUAUAUCAAUGGAAAUCACUAUGAAGGUCAAGUCAAUCAGCCUAAUGGUUCUGCUCUACCUGGAAACACUGGUGCAUUGUUAAUGGAAGCACUUGCUAUUAACAGUGCAUAUAAUUCAAUGAUUGUUGAGCCAACUAAACCUGGAGAAGCGAUGCAACAACUCGGAAAUAAAACCGAAUGUGGUUUGCUCGGCUUUGUCAACAAACUUGGAGGUGACUAUGCUGCUAUCCGACGUAAAUUCCCUGAGGAAGACCUAUUCAAAGUUUAUACUUUCAACUCUUCCCGUAAAAGUAUGAUGACAGUUAUCCGACUGACAGAAAAUGGUCGUGAUAUUGGAUAUCGUGUUUACCAAAAGGGAGCUAGUGAAAUAGUUCUUGGAAGAAGUUCUUACAUGAUCGGUUCCGAUGGAAAAGCUCACAUCUUUGGUUCUGACCGCUUGAAAGAAAUUAAUGCUACCAUUAUCUCUCACAUGGCGAAUAAUGGUCUACGUACUAUUUGCAUCGGAUAUAAAGAUUUGAUUAGGAAGGAUGUCCGUGCUGCAGAACCAACCGAGGUCCAAUUUGAAAAUGAUUCGGACAUAGAUUGGAGUGAUGAAGAUACCAUGAACAAAAGCUUUGUUGCUAUUGCUAUCUGCGGUAUUCAAGAUCCUGUACGUCCUGAAGUACCAGCUGCCAUUGAAAAAUGUAAAAAAGCUGGAAUAACUGUUCGAAUGGUUACUGGUGAUAAUAUCAACACUGCUCGUGCUAUUGCUAUGUCCUGUAGAAUAUUAGAACCAGGCGAGGACUUCUUAGCCAUGGAGGGAAAAGAAUUCAAUGAGAGAAUACGGGAUGAGAACGGUAAAGUUAGUCAAGCCAAACUUGAUGAAAUCUGGCCUCGACUGAGAGUACUUGCUCGUGCCCAACCAGCUGAUAAAUAUACUCUUGUGAAAGGUAUAAUCGACAGCAAGGCAACAGCUCAACGAGAAAUCGUUGCUGUCACUGGUGACGGAACGAAUGAUGGUCCUGCUUUGAAAAAGGCUGAUGUUGGAUUUGCCAUGGGUAUCGCUGGAACUGAUGUAGCUAAAGAAGCCUCUGAUAUCAUUCUGACUGAUGAUAACUUCACUUCCAUUGUUAAAGCUGUAAUGUGGGGAAGAAAUGUAUACGACUCCAUUUCUAAAUUCCUUCAAUUCCAAUUGACGGUUAACGUAGUAGCUGUCAUUACCGCUUUCGUUGGUGCUGUUACUGUCUCUGAUUCCCCUCUCAAAGCUGUGCAUAUGUUAUGGAUCAAUCUCAUUAUGGACACAUUAGCUUCUUUAGCUUUGGCGACUGAGGUUCCUACAGAAGAGCUCCUUAACCGCAAACCAUACGGAAGGAAGAAAUCUCUGAUCUCACGUACAAUGGUAAAAAAUAUUAUGGGUCACGCUAUAUACCAGAUGUUCAUUCUGUUCACAAUUUUCUACUAUGGAGAUCGUUUGUUCGGAAUCAAAUCUGGUUUAAAUGCACCACUCUUUGCUCCGCCAACCCAGCAUUUCACGCUCGUCUUCAAUGCAUUUGUCAUGAUGACGUUGUUCAACGAGAUCAACGCCAGAAAAGUUCAUGGGGAGCGAAACGUCUUCAAGGGCUUGGCUAGCAAUCGGGUGUUCUGUGUGAUCUGGAUCUCUACUUUCAUUGGACAAAUUGUUAUAGUUCAAUUCGGAGGUGAAUGGUUCUCAACUGCUCCGCUCACUUUGACUCAAUGGAUUGUCUGUUUGGUACUUGGUUUCUCAGCAUUACCUUGGGGACAAGUUAUAAACACCAUUCCAAGCAAGAAACUUCCCAAAACUUGGAAAGUCGGAAAGGGAGAGAUUGCACCAUCUAAGAUUCAUAUCAAUGGUGACUAUAAUACACGCGCUCGUUCACGUGCUCUUCAAGUAAGACGGUCUGGUAAAUCACUGUGGGUCCGAGGAAUGUUCCUAUUAGGAAAUCAUCUGAAAGUGUUGCGUGCUUUCCAAACAAGAGAUUUAUCUAAAUUCGGUAAAACAGCCCCAACUAUGACUGCAGAGGAAGCCGCCAGAUGGAGAGCCAGUUACAGAAAGUACAGACACCAGAAACAUCAAGAGAAAAAAGCUGCUGCCGAACGGGCUGAAGUAGAGAAACAAUUACCUGCUGAAAUAAAAGAAAAGAAGAAAACUUUCAAGCAAAUCAAAAUGAGAGCUCGUGGCCGUUCCGUCGAAAAGAAGGUCCGUUUCAAUAUUCCAUCCGACAAUGAGCGCCUCCUGGAUCAUCCUUCGAUUGAUUCCAUCCAUUUUCAGGAGCGUAAACACAGAAAGCAUGAGACAAAGAUUAACAUGGAAGACGGAGAGGGACCCUCUUCCUCUUAA